UCUAACGUUUGAUCCUUUCUUCUUCCCCUGAAAUCAAACCAACUGCCACAUUGCUCCAGAAUUCGGCGUCGCCUCGGCCACUGAGAGAGAGAGAGAUAGAGAUGUCGUGCUUGGCGUCGUGCUGUGCGUCGAUGACAUGCGGUCUCUGCACAUCGGUGGCAUCUGGCAUCUCCAAGCGCUCAGCUCGAAUUGCAUACUGCGGCCUCUUCGGCGUCUCCUUGAUCGUUUCUUGGGUCCUUAGAGAAGUCGGUGCCCCUCUCCUCCGCAAAAUCCCAUGGAUAAACACUUCUGAAACUUACUCGAAGGAAUGGUAUCAAAUAGAAGCAGUUCUUCGUGUUAGCUUGGGGAAUUUCUUGUUUUUUGCAAUACUUGCUCUUUUGAUGAUAGGCGUGAAGGAUCAAAAUGACAGGCGUGAUUCUUGGCACCAUGGUGGAUGGACAGCUAAAAUUGUGAUUUGGGUUCUGCUCAUCAUCCUUAUGUUUUUCAUGCCAAACAUAGUCAUAACAAUUUACGGCUUUGUAUCAAAGUUUGGGGCAGGUUUAUUUUUAUUGGUCCAAGUGGUCAUAUUGUUAGAUGCCACACACUCGUGGAACGACUCAUGGGUUGCUAAAGAUGAGCACAAGUGGUAUUAUGCUUUACUUGGUGUAUCAGUUGCAUGCUAUAUUGCAGCAUUUACAAUUUCAGGGGUGCUGUUUAUUUGGUUCAAUCCUUCUGGUCAUGAUUGUGGUCUCAACAUCUUCUUUCUUGUCAUGACCAUGAUUCUGGCGUUUGCAUUUGCUGUUAUUGCUUUACAUCCAUCGGUGAAUGGAAGCCUCUUGCCUGCUUCUGUGAUAUCCGUUUAUUGUGCCUACAUAUGCUACACGGCUCUCUCAUCGGAACCUCGAGAUUACGUGUGCAAUGGCCUUCACAACAAAUCAGCAGUGUCUACAGGCACCCUUGUCGUUGGGAUGCUGAUGACGGUUCUCUCUGUUCUUUACUCUGCCCUUCGUGCAGGAUCUUCAACAACCUUUUUAUCUCCACCCUCUUCACCCAAGUUAGCUGACAAGAAACCCCUUCUUGACGCGGAGUUGGAAGAAGGAAAGGAAAAGAAGGAUAAAGAGUCCCGACCAGUCAGUUACUCCUAUACGUUCUUCCAUUUGAUAUUUGCUCUGGCUAGCAUGUACUCGGGCAUGCUUCUUUCGGGAUGGACCAGCUCCUCUGAGAGCUCGGAUCUGAUUGAUGUUGGCUGGACAUCAGUCUGGGUUCGGAUCUGCAGUGAGUGGGUCACUGCUGCGCUGUAUGUCUGGACCCUCCUUGCUCCUAUCUUCUUUCCCGAUCGCGAGUUCUAGUGAAUCUUCUUUGUCAUCAACGUUUGAACACUCAGGGUCCUAGAGCUGUUAAGUUGAGCUGUGUUACAUAGCUUCCCAUCCUUCCUUGCUUCUGUGAAUAUGUUCAAUGUUUCUAUGGCAUGAGAAGCAAAAUUCUAUUGGCUUGUACUGCAUAACUAAUCAUAGCUGUCUCUUCUUGUUCUUUUCCCUUUUCUUCUUGUAUUUCUUUGAGGAUGAGUCCUAAUGGUAAUAAUAAUAAUAAAGUUACGUCUUUAUAACUUGAA